CUUGGCGAUCGACAGUUGCUAUAGAGAUAUAAACUUGAGCUUUGGCAUAGGUAUAUUAUAUUUACCGAUGCAAACAACACCUGAACGACCUUUAGGUCUGCUUGAAAAGUAUCAAGUCUCCAAGCAAUUGACGCGUACCUACGGUACAGUAACAACAACCGCGAUCUUGCGCCAUGGUUCUUAUCGCCCCAAUAGUGGCAACGACAACCUGAAUCAACUGCGCGACAUUAAACAAUUUUACAUGUCUCAACUUCAUGCACCCCUAAAGCGACUUGUCGAAGAACACGUACAGCUCUCGCUCGCUGUGGCUGAAAAUGACGAGCCAACAGCACAUUUCGUUCGACUUGAAGGGUUCGAUCUGUCGUCCAUUGUCCAUGUCAAUGAACAACAAGUUCCUUUCUGGGAUCGAUCCGAGCUUGCCAAAGUUAUCAGCAAAGAAUGCGAUCACAAUUUUGACCUUAAUGACCACACGAUACCCCUCUGGCGUUUACGUAUCUGUAUACAUGAAAAUCGACUUGACGAAUGUAGUAUCACUUUUACGGCGCACCACGUUAUCAUUGACGGCAAGAGCUUAGCAUUGUUCUGGCAGAAUUUGUAUGAAGAAAUUACCAGUAAUAAAAGCGAUAGCCAAGAAGAGAAACAAGAUGAUGGCCAUCACUAUUGGAUCAACACUCAAGGUGGAACUCGAUUGAUGCCUCCUUAUGAGGAUCGAAAUGCACCUAUGCCUACUGCAUGGAACAUGGCUGGCGUUAUUUCCCGCAUGAUUGCCAAGAAGGUUUUGCCUGGUUUCCUAGCCCAACGGUGGUUCCCUCAAAGCUGGGCUGGUGACUAUCCAGGUGCAGCGAACAAGGCACAGAUCCAACAUCAUACACUUGUACGCGCGAUCGAUUUGGGCGGCACGAUUUGGAACAAUGUCUGUGUAGCAUGCCGUGAACAUGGUGUCACUCCGCACGCGGCGACGAUGGCAGCACUUGUCAUGGCAUUUGCUGAACUCUACCCAGAAGUCAAGACAGUCUCGACCUGUACACCUCUUGAUUGCCGUUCGUUCUGUAAUCCUCCUGUACCUGAAGAUGAAAUGGGUAACUUUUUCGGCGCCUAUUCGCAUGUAUGGACAUUGCCGUCACCGUCAUCAGAAGACUUUUGGGACAUGGCCAAGGCUUAUCAAACUCAGUUGAGAGCAAACAAGCAUGAAGGAGCUAAAGAAGCUGGCCUGCUCAAAUAUCUUCCCAAGUAUCCAGAAGAUUAUUGUGAUUUUUGGCUUGGACAGUGUGAUUCGAACCCAACCAUGCAUCGUGCUGGAGGUAUCGAGCUCUCGGAUCUGGGCAAAUUCCCAACAACAACAAAGGAGGAGACUGGCUCAUGGCAAAUCGAGUCAAUUUGGUUUUGCCAGAGUGCCCAUCCAGUAACUACAGCUCUGGAUGUAAACUCUAUCCGAACCCAAGAUUCCAUCUAUCUCACCCUUGGAUGGCAAAAAGGCUCGUUGCAAGAAUCCAAAGUUGACGCACUUGGACGCUCGGUAAUCGAUAAACUCAAAAACUGCUUUCAAUAAUAGUUACUUUCUUGUUUAUAUAUCUAUAAUUACUACGCUACUAUUUAAAUACUUUACCCUUAAUAAAAAUACUGUGAUUCAUCUACUCAUAAAAA